AUGGACGCUUCCACAACACAAGUGCAGCCUCUGGCUGACCGCUCCACCAACACCCACCUUGCCAACGCGAACGUCGACAAGACCGACAUGAAGUCUGCCGAUCUGUCUUCGAUGGAAUACCACCGACAGGCAUUGCAGGGCAAGCAGGAUAGCGACGACAAGCAACCAGGCGCUUACGUCUCCCCUUCGGACGAUAUCAUGAGCCCCUGCACAAAGAAGUUGAGCGACAUCAAGGGAAAGCGUUUCAAGAAUGCCGGCAAGCCCCAGUCUCUCUUCGCCAAGCUAGGCAAGAAGAGCUACGAACAAUCCACAUCGGCUGAACAAGGUCGCAACGCAGAAUAA